CCUCUUUGAUGGACUGUUCAGUUGUCCUCUGGUACAGUUCCCCGAAGACAAACUUGAACGCUUCAUAAGCUAAAAUGAUCAAUUGGAAGGCUUUGGACAACGUACCGGUACUCUUGUACAUUUUAGCCCUGAAGACGCUGAUCCUAUGUUUGGCCUUCGCUGGGGUGAAGAUCUACCAGAGUAAAAAGGCCGAGGCUGCGCUCAAGCAGCAGCAGGCCGAGAGGAGGAAGUUGGCCCGGAGGACACAGGAGCUCAUCGAUAACACGAAGGAAGACUAAGAGGAGCCGACUUGCCAGUUCAUGUACCAACUAUAUGUUAAUCAGGGGGCCGAGCACCACGUCGUGACGUGACCUGACCGUCUGCAACUACUCAACAUGUCACCUUGAUACGUUUGCGCCCUGUGUCCUACGUGAAAUCGCAGAACACACAAAAGUAUUUAUUGAAUUUUGAAAUAUGUUUUAUUUGUAGUUAAAUGGAUAAAAGAUUAUUCAACA